UGUGUGUCCAUCGGUCACUAAUUGGACUGAAUUUCACUCAGCAACAAAAGAUGAGACUCGAAAAUUCCAGCUCUGGUCUGACAGGCUCUGCUUUGUUGUGCUUUUGCCGCUGUUGGCUGUGUUAACAGUUAUCUCAUCCUCUGUCGCCCAUGAAAGCCACAGUCACCCCAACUGCUCAGGCGGAGCUCAGAGGCCAGAACCUUCGAGGGCUUUCCUACAUCAGCUCUGAUUCUCACAGAGAAAUCUCAGUCAGAGCAGCAGAAAACUGCUGGAUGGCCACCAUGUCCUCUGCACCUUCAGUCAAGCGGAAACCGGACUUCGGCUCCAUCCCUAGUAACUGUUUUGAGCUCUACAGUGUUGAGUAGAUCUGAGAUUUCGGGAGGACUUUUCUGCUGAUCUCAGAGAAGGAUAAAGGAUGAUGCUUGAGCUGCAAAGCCCGGAGGACAAUGAUGUCACCAUCUCAGAUAAACUGAGUUCUGAGGAGAUGGAGUGUAAUAUCUGCUACUCUGCAUACAAUCUGGGGAGUUGUAGACCAAAGGUCCUCGAGUGCUGCCACCGUCUUUGUUCCAAAUGUCUUGUUAAGAUCUUGGACCUCGGUGAGUUACCUUCAAACAUCCUGGUGUGUCCUUUCUGUCGCUGUGUCACCAGACUGCCAGGAGAGACCGUGAGAAAUCUACCAGAUGAUUGCAACCUGGUGGCGACGCUGGCUCUGCAAAGCAGGAACCAGAGGAACGUGCACUUCCACCAGGACACAACAGAGCUGCUCCUCAGUCCCAGACGCCUGAGCUCUCUGAUGGCUGGUAAUGCUUCUCCCAGGUCCUACACCUCUUCCACCACCUCAUACUCCACCAUCCGGAGCUCCCCCAACUUUGUGGUCAUCACCAUCAUGGAGCCUCCACCAGCAUCAGCAACCGCCCAAGAACUCCAAGCUGGUUCUCGUGCAUUAGACCAGAGCUCCUCCAGUCUGGACUCUUUGGCAUCCAUCACACAGAGGUGGACGGUUUGGAACUGUGUGGCCCUCCUGUGCCAGACCUCGGCCCGGGUUCUGGUGUGGGUUCUGGGGCUCCUGUACUUCAGCUCGCUGCCGAUGGGCGUCUACCUGCUGAUCAUGCAGAGGACCACAGCUGGAGUGCUGCUGGUGAGCUUGGUGCCAGCCAGCCUCGUCAUCAUCAUGGUCUUUGGGGUCUGCCAGUGUGUCUGCCAUGAGUUCUGGAACUGCAGGCCAUCUUAACCGCCACAAAAAUAGGACGGGCAACUUAAAAAAAAAGGUUCAACAAUUUACUUGAGAACAAACAUCCAACAUCUGCCUAAAGAGCAAAAGGAGGAGAUGCUCAUUUUCUUUAUGGAACUUUACUAAUUAAUUUCAAUUUGGAGCUUUUUGUGUUGAACAUGUCCAUUUGUGAGGUUUUAUUAAAUAAAUAGUUGAUGUGUUACCUAAUAAAGCUCAAGUGCUGUAUUUCUUUCAUGUUUUCAAACAUCUUCAUAUUUUCUAGUUUAAAUUAAAAGAAAUGAAGUGAUUUAUAAAUCAUGAAGGAAGGACAACAUUUUG